GUAAGAGGACAGCUGUGAUAGUAAAGAUGCUGGCAGCAGCCAGUUGUUCUGUGAGAAUCGUUCUACAACCUCCUGUUCUUCUUGGCCAUUCUAGGGAGGUAGUAUGUGAGCUUGUGACCUCCUUCAGAAAUUUCUGCUCAGGUUACACAGUGCCUCCUUCACCAAAGUAUGGUGGAAGACACACAGUGACUAUGAUUCCUGGAGAUGGCAUUGGGCCUGAGCUUAUGGUUCAUGUCAAGAGAAUAUUCAGAUCAAAUUGUGUGCCAGUGGACUUUGAAGAGGUGUGGGUCACCUCGACAUCUAAUGAGGAGGAGAUCCGCAAUGCUAUCAUGGCUAUCCGUCGGAACCGUGUAGCUCUGAAGGGCAAUAUUGCAACCAAUCACAAUCUGCCUGCCCGUUACAAGUCUCACAACACCAAGUUUCGCACCAUCCUUGACCUCUAUGCCAGUGUCGUCCAUUUCAAGACUUUUCCUGGUGUGGAGACCCGACACAAGGACAUAGACAUCCUGGUGGUUCGGGAGAAUACAGAGGGCGAGUACACUAACCUGGAACAUGAAAGCGUGAAAGGGGUGGUAGAGAGCUUAAAGAUUGUGACAAAGGCCAAGUCUGUGCGCAUUGCUGAUUAUGCCUUCAAGAUGGCUCAAAAGAUGGGGCGGAAAAAGGUGACAGUUGUUCACAAAGCCAACAUCAUGAAACUGGGAGAUGGGCUCUUCCUUCAGUGCUGUAAGGAUGUGGCAGCUCACUACCCUCAGAUCACCUUAGAGAGUAUGAUUAUAGACAACACUACAAUGCAGUUGGUAUCAAAGCCCCAACAGUUUGAUGUAAUGCUGAUGCCCAAUCUUUAUGGCAACAUUAUCAACAGUAUCUGCACAGGGCUGGUUGGAGGGUCAGGAAUUGUCCCUGGAGCCAACUAUGGUGAUUCAUAUGCAAUAUUUGAAACAGGUUCAAAGGAAAUAGGUAAAGAUUUAGCUCACAGAAAUAUUGCCAACCCUGUCGCCAUGCUGCUGACCAGCUGUAUCAUGCUGGACUACCUUGAUCUCCAACCCUAUGCCACUCACAUCCGCAAUGCAGUCCUGGCAUCCUUACAAAACAAAGCCAUCUGCACUCCAGACACGGGAGGUCAGGGGACCACAUCAAGCACUGUAGAGUAUAUCUUAGACUAUAUGAAAGAACAACUUAGUGGCUGUCAUCCAAAUUUCUUCCUGUCCUACACUUGAUUCACACCCUUAGAAAGUCCAGCCAGCUCAGCCAGCAUGAAUUGAGAGUGAACAUUGCCUCCAAUUCAUUGGAAGGGAAAAUGUGUGGGGGGAUCAAUAUUGGUUUUCUCAUUAAAUUUAAAUGCAG